GGAAAGCAAAUAAUCAAGCUCCAGUUCUGACAGCUGGCGUACGACUCACAACAGCAAGGCGAGGGCUGAAUCUUUAAGUCACCAAGAUGUCAAGCAGCAGCGAUCUGAAGUUGAAAGUUCAGCGCCUUGAGUUGAAGCUGAAAGAGGCUCAGGAACUUCUGGAGCACGAGCGGCGCAAGAAUGAGGGUGCUGUCACGAAACGGGAGAAAAUCGGGCAUAUGUCGGCUGAAGUCGUCGACUCAAAUCCUUACAGCCGUCUCAUGGCACUGCAAAGGAUGGGAGUCGUCGAGAAUUACGAGCGCAUCAGGCAGAUGAGCGUGAUCGUCGUCGGCGUUGGAGGGGUUGGAAGUGUCACUGCGGAGAUGCUCACCAGAUGUGGAGUUGGAAAGCUCAUCUUGUUUGACUAUGACAAAGUGGAGCUGGCCAACAUGAACAGGCUGUUCUUCACUCCUGAUCAAGCAGGAAUGUCCAAGGUGCAGGCUGCAGCCAUGACGCUCCAGGGCAUCAACCCUGACACUCAAAUCGAGACCUACAACUACAAUAUCACGACAGUAGACAACUUUGACAACUUCUGCAAAAUUAUUUCCAAUGGCAGUUUAACUGGAAGCCCUGUGGAUCUAGUGCUCAGCUGCGUGGACAACUACGAGGCUAGAAUGGCCAUCAAUACCGCUUGCAAUGAACUGGGCCAGACAUGGUUUGAGUCUGGUGUGGCGGAAAACGCCGUUUCGGGACACAUCCAGCUCAUCGUGCCCGGAGUGACAGCUUGCUUUGCUUGCGCGCCUCCAUUAGUGGUAGCGUCUCAAAUCGACGAGAAAACCCUGAAGAGAGAAGGAGUCUGCGCAGCCAGUUUGCCAACGACCAUGGGAAUUGUUGCUGGAAUGCUGGCACAAAAUACUUUAAAGAAGCUACUAGGUUUUGGCACUGUAUCUUACUACUUGGGAUACAACGCCAUGCAAGAUUUCUUCCCAACUAUGAGGAUAAAGCCCAAUCCAACGUGUGAUGACUCAAACUGCAGAUCUAAGCAGCUUGAAAUGAAAGACAGACCACAAACUCCAACUGGUGCUGCAAAUAAGGAAGACGAGGAGGACGUUGUCCAUGAAGACAAUGAUUGGGGAAUUAGUCUAGUGGGAGAAAAUGAGCCUGAUGUUGAGCCUGAGGAAAAAGAAAUAGCUACUGGAAUAAAAUUAGCCUACACAGUCCCUGCCCCUACUUCUGAUGAUGCAGGAGAUUUAGUUCAAGACACGGAAUUGAGUUUGGAAGAAUUGCAAAGGCAGAUGGGAAACCUUUAAAAGCACAGCUGACAUUCUCAUUAUCUGAUAUACUCGCUGAUAUAUUUUUAAGUUUUAAAAAGCUUUUUGUUACUUAUUAAAUAUAUUUUUCUGCUUGA